UCAUGGGUCACUGCCUCGGUGGAGUUAGGGUGUCUUCAUGGUACCACUUUUGCACUGAUUGUCUGUGAUGAGGUGAAGGAGGGGCGAGGGCCACACCGGUGAGCCGCUGUGGCAGGAAACAUGUACUCUAUUUUCCAGCCGUCUGCAUAUUGUGUCGGUGGGCUUAAAAAGGGCUUGCAGAGCAGAAACAUGCAUCACAUCUGUUUCAGCCAGAGAUACACAAUGACAAGUCUCGCCUUUGUCUCGCUCCUCCUUGUAGCCAUCGUGGUGUCCACAGCCUCGGCUCAAGGUGGGACAGCCGUAUGUUGUCGAAAACUCUCAAACACUCGAAUCCACCGAGACCUGUUGAAGGAAUACUACAAACAAGAUAAACCGUCGUGCCCUAUAAACGCAGUGGUAUUUACCACGCUGAAAAACAAAAGGAUCUGUGCUAACCCCAACAGAGUGUGGACAAAGACCAGCAUGGCCUACAUAGACGGAAACAACGGGCAAUGCCAAAACUCUACCUUCCAAACACGCCGUGGCUGACACAAUGAGACAGAACUAUUGGAACUAAAAUUAAAAGGCCAUAGCUCCCAACUUGUCUUCGAAUGCUCCACAGUCUUUUGAAUGUUUUCAUAUUUUAAGUCCUUAGUUAAGUAAAAUGAUAUAUCUUUUAUAUUUGCCUUUUUUCUGUAUAAUUUUCAAUGAUAUGUUUGUUUGAUGACUGUAAUUGUGUAAAUAAUCACAGUACAAUGAUUCUGAGAGACAUUAUCUAAUAAAAAUGGUCACAAUGUAACGGCUACGUUUUGGUUAUUGUGAGUUGCAGAAUAGAUUACGGUCUAAGUGUGUGUAUGGAGA